GAAGUGGCGGCUGAAGCGCCGCAGGCGGGCCUCCCAGUCGCCGUGUGAGUGGGAGGCGGCGGCGGCUGUGGCUGCAGCUGGGGUGAGACGCGAGGCGGCGCGCUCGACGGCUGACUGGAGCAGCGGAUGUAAGUCAGAGUACAGCAGAAAAUGUCCACUGAACGAACUUCUUGGACAAGCCUGUCCACCAUUCAGAAAAUAGCCCUGGGCCUUGGGAUCCCAGCCAGUGCAACAAUUGCCUAUAUCCUAUACCGCAGGUAUAGGGAAAGCAGAGAAGAGCGGCUGACAUUUGUUGGGGAAGAUGACAUUGAGAUAGAGAUGCGGGUUCCCCAGGAGGCUGUGAAGCUCAUCAUUGGCCGGCAAGGAGCCAAUAUUAAACAACUGCGGAAACAGACAGGUGCUCGGAUUGAUGUGGACACAGAGGAUGUAGGCGAUGAGCGAGUGCUGCUUAUCAGUGGUUUUCCUGUUCAGGUGUGCAAGGCCAAAGCAGCAAUCCAUCAGAUCCUGACAGAGAAUACCCCAGUGUCUGAGCAGCUUUCAGUUCCCCAGAGAUCUGUGGGCAGAAUCAUAGGGAGAGGCGGCGAGACGAUUCGUUCUAUCUGUAAGGCCUCUGGAGCCAAAAUUACCUGUGACAAAGAAUCAGAAGGGACAUUACUACUAUCAAGACUUAUAAAAAUCUCAGGAACACAGAAGGAAGUGGCAGCAGCCAAGCAUUUGAUACUGGAGAAAGUUUCAGAAGAUGAAGAACUUCGAAAGAGAAUUGCUCAUUCUGCAGAAACCAGAGUCCCACGCAAACAGCCAAUCAGUGUGAGAAGAGAAGACAUCACAGAGCCAGGUGGAGCUGGAGAGCCAGCUUUAUGGAAAAACACCAGUUCUAGCAUGGAGCCGGCUGCACCCCUGGUGACUCCUCCACCCAAAGGAGGAGGCGACAUGACUGUGGUGGUGCCAAAGGAAGGUUCCUGGGAGAAACCUAGUGAUGACAGCUUUCAGAAGUCUGGAGCCCAGGCCAUCCCAGAGAUGUCCAUGUUUGAAAUCCCCAGUCCUGACUUCAGUUUCCAUGCUGAUGAGUACCUAGAAGUCUACGUCUCUGCUUCUGAACACCCUAACCACUUCUGGAUCCAGAUCGUUGGCUCCCGCAGCCUGCAAUUGGAUAAGCUUGUCAACGAGAUGACCCAGCACUAUGAGAAUAGUGUGCCUGAAGACUUGACUGUGCAUGUAGGAGACAUUGUAGCAGCACCUUUACCUACAAAUGGUUCCUGGUAUCGAGCCAGGGUCCUUGGCAUCUUGGAGAAUGGGAACUUGGACCUCUACUUUGUUGACUUUGGAGAUAAUGGAGAUUGCCCACUGAAGGACCUCAGGGCUCUCAGGAGUGACUUCCUAAGCCUUCCAUUUCAAGCAAUAGAAUGUAGUCUGGCACGGAUCGCUCCCUCAGGUGACCAAUGGGAAGAGGAAGCUUUGGAUGAGUUUGAUAGACUCACUCAUUGUGCUGACUGGAAGCCUCUGGUAGCCAAAAUCUCUAGCUAUGUCCAGACUGGGAUCUCAACUUGGCCAAAGAUCUACUUAUAUGAUACUAGCAAUGGGAAGAAACUUGAUAUUGGGCUAGAAUUAGUACACAAAGGAUACGCAAUUGAGCUUCCUGAAGACAUAGAAGAAAACAGAGCUGUCCCAGACAUGUUGAAGGACAUGGCCACAGAAACAGAUGCCUCUCUCAGCACCUUGCUCACUGAGACCAAAAAGAACUCUGGAGAGAUAACACAUACCCUGUCCUGCCUCAGCUUAUCAGAAGCUGCUUCCAUGUCUGGUGAUGAUAACCUUGAAGAUGACUACUUACUCUGAAGUCUGAGCUUCAGCUUGCUCAGCCAUCUGCUUUGCUGUGAUUUGGCAUAGGAACUGGUGCCUGGAGGAGAGGAGUAUAUGAUAAAGGAUCCAUGCAGUCCUUCCUUUAUUACACAUACAGUCUGGCUUGCUGUGGACCAAAUUCAUGUUCUCCUCCCAUUGGACUACCAAAAAAUUGGACUACCACACUACAAGUGUGUCUCCCCCAUUCCACCUCCUGAUCCCUCCCCAACCCUCCAGUGUUUGAAUACUGCUCUGUUACUUCCAGGCCAUUCAGCGUCAGGCUCAGUCCCUCUACCAGUCAUGAUACACAUUACUGCUAGGCUGUAUCCUUUUCGAGGCUGGGAAACAGUCAGGCUUUGGUCAUUGGAACUGAUGAUUCUGCAGACUUCUGACUCAUCUUAUCAGGUGACUCUGGUUAAGGAAAGCUUUUGAGUGGUGAACUCAAAGACUCCAGUUGAAUCAGGAGGCAAAGGCAAAAAUUAGCAUAAUUAUAUUUAAAAGCCUCAGGAAGUGGGAAGAGAACACUGCCUCCUAGCCUCAAUUGCUGAUAUGUUAUUGGAGACAGGCUUUUGAAACUGCUUCGGCUAUUUCUCCGUAACCUUUAGUUAAAAUACAAGUAGAAAGGAGACAGGAGGCUCAGGAAAUUUUCUAAAUUGCUAGUAUAAUAUCUAUAUGUAUACACACAUAUACACCCGUGGAGAGAGAGGAAGAGUAUACAGUUCUGUUUAAAUCAUUCGGAGGAUUUUUUUGCCAAAUAAAGUUCUCAAGAAAAUUUUCUAAAA